AAAUGCACCUAAGGGGGGAGGGAACUACAUGAAUUGGCAAGGAAGCCCUCCUCAAGCAGGACAGAACUACAAGUACCCACAAGGAUAUGAUGCACCAGGUGGACAGAACUACGUGAAUCGGCAAGGAAGCCGUUCGCAAGUAGGAGAAAACUACAAGAACCCACAAGGAAAUGAUCUGUCGGGUGGAGGGAGCUACCUAAAUGGGCAAGGGAGCCCUCCUCAAGCAGGAGUGAACUACAGGAACCCACAAAACCCACAAGGAAACACACCUGGGGGUGGAGGGAGCUACCUAAAUGGGCAAGGGAGCCCUCUUCAAGCAGGAGGGAACUACAACAACCCACAAACCCCACGAGGAAAUGCACCUGAGGGGGGAGGGAACUACAUGAAUUGGCAAGAAAGCCCUCCUCAAGCAGGACAGAACUACAAGUACCCACAAGGAUAUGAUGCACCAGGUGGAGAGAACUACGUGAAUCGGCAAGGAAGCCAUUCACAAGUAGGAGAGAACUACAAGAACCCACAAGGAAAUGAUCUGUCAGGUGGAGGGAGCUACCUAAAUGGGCAAGGAAGCCGUUCACAAGCAGGAGAGAACUACAAGAACCCACAAGGAUAUGCAUCUGAGGGUGGAGAGAACUAUGGAGAAAGAAAGGCUCUUCCAGGCGAGGAGAGCCAUUUACAGGGAAACAUUCCAUCAGAUGGAAAGAACUUUGGACAAGGAAUUUCACAGGAAGGUAGUCAGACUAACGGACAAGGAGCACUACAGCAAGAUGAUAAGGAGUAUGACAGAGACCAAGAGGAAAUAAACCAGCCAGAGACCGAUGGUGCUGAACAGAGUCUGCCGCCAAACGAACCUAAAGUAGAUGGCACGGACUAUUAUGGGUCAGAGACCUCUAAUGAAUUAUACCACAACCAGAUCGGGGAUCUGGACGAUAAUCUGUAUAACAAGGACGGUGAAAACUUUGAAAACUUAGAGCCAGUUCAAAGUGGAGAACAGAAGAAGGAACAGCAGGAACGAGGAGGAUUGAAGGGAGACGAUAAAGACACCGUGAAAGCGGAGCAGCCCAGUAAUCAUCUUUCACUCGAUGAAGAAACCUCAAGUAGUCACUUUAUGGCCUACUCUCUGUCUGCCAUCAUUCUGAUCAUGGCAACCUACAUUCUGUAUCACAACAAACAACGGAUCAUUGCCAUUAUUAUCGAGGGCAGGAACGGCAACGGACGUCGGAAGAGGACCAAGGAUGGCUACCAGAAACUGGACCAGAACCUGAGCGAGGCUAUGCCAUCCCUCAAUCAACAAGCCACCAAGGACUACAAGUACUAAAUGGACUGUCACCAAUCAGCAGACUCUGUUGUCUCCUGAGAGUCGACCAACGUAUCACUUAACGACAUUUGUGUGGUUCUCCUUGCUAGGGAGGACAGACUCAGCACGUUUGACAUUUUGCCAUUAUUGAGCAUUAGUGUCAACGUCAUGUCAGAAAUGAGACACCUCGUGUUAGGUGACACUAGUGACAGUUCUGCCAAUUGAAGACAGUCUUGGUUAUUUUUGUUGCAGUUUGGCAAUUAGCUGAAAUUCAUUUCAUGACAGUUUUUUUCUUUGGUUCAUAAAUGUCCAUUAGCAGCUUCGUCAUUUUAUAAUAGAUAACUUUAAAUGAAAGCUGAAAGUCUUGUCCAUUUGUUUUGAAGGCAGAUUUGCCAUUUACGCUGAGAGUAAAUGAGGUUAUGGCAAAAGCUAUGCGUGUAUCAAUUUAUGAAUGCUGAAUUAUUUUAAACAGACAUCAACCUUGUCCCCACGGUGUGUGCAGUACACUCCCCUGUUACCUGCUCUCACUCCUCUGGAUACUUUGCAUAUCCAAAAAUUUGACUACAUGUAUACAUGUAAGUGAGGAAUAGUAUGGUGGCUAACAGUGCUUUCAAUCAGUGUUUGUUGUAGUAUGUGGUGUCUGGGUUUAAAACAAUCAAUUCUUCAAAGCGUGUUGUACCAAGGAGCACAAUUAUUCAGAGAUGAACGGUCCAAGUCUCAUUCAACCAGUGUGCAAUGUCAGAUUUUUCAUAAUUCUCAUCAAAUUUCGAGAAGAGGGGAUUGCUUAAAAGGGAAAGUGGAUGUAAUAAAUCACGGCAAUCGCGAAAACACUUAAUAUACGUUGAAACUUUUCCUCGCAGUCGCUGCAUCGCAUCCGGAUACAGGAAGAAAGUUGGCAUCCAGGGUGGAGGGCAGGUUGCAGGGGGAUCAUAUUUGUAUUUGCAUACAUCACAGGGACUGGACAAAAUGUAAUCAGAGGUGUCAAUGUUCAGAGACACUGGUACACCGUACAUGUACGUUAUUACCUGGGGCUUUCAUUCCAAAAUAUGCCACAAGUGUAAACUGCACAAAAUUGUUUCUUGUUCUGUUUCAUUGCGUGCUUGUGCUCGUAUCUUGAAGCCAGAAUCUGAAGGCAAAGCAAGCUACCUGUACAGGAAUAAGUAACCUCUUGUCCAAACCUAAACCCGAGGGUUGGACUAUGGAGAUAAACUGAACUGUAGAUAAGACUUGUUUCGAUAUUGUAGAUUACUAUUAAGUUCAUUAGUCACAUUGGCUCAGUCUUGCAACGUACACAGAUUGACACUGGAUGUGAAUCUGAUUCGAAAAGAAACCGAGUUGGAAUGGUAGAUCCAGUCUUGCCCAAACCAGCAGUUGCAAUUUUUGUAAUGCUCUUUUUUAUACUUUUCUGUACAUGUGUAAACAAUGUGUGUACUGCUAAAUCACUGGUGUUGUGUACAUGUAUUUACAUUGGCGUCUCACAAACUAUACACUGAAUCAGUUUACCUUGUGCUUGACUAACUUGUACAAGUAGUUCAAAGUAAUGCCAAGAGACAGACAAACAAAAAGAGAUUGAAGUUGAGCUUCAUACAUUUGUAGAACAAUGCAACAGAACGUGAGCAUUAUUAUUCUGCUGCAAUGUGUCUGAUAUGCUGCUCUGUAAACCGUGUAAACUUUAUUUAUUAGAUUGCAUUUUGAUACAAACAAAAUUCUUGAUCCAUAAGGGUUGAGGGAUUUCUAAGCACAUUGUGUAAAGUUUAAUAUUCUGAUCAUUUGUGGCAAAAAUUCACAAUAGGCACGACAGACUUAUUGGAAAAGCCCUUUGACAAAUUUCAGGUUUGCAAGUACGCCUGCAUGCCUUGCAUCAUGGACUGUUUUUAGUUCUUUAGGUGUAUUUGUGAAGUUUAUUUUGAGUUAAGCAGUUGUUUGCAGUGUUACAUGUAAGCUCAUAAGGCACAAAUCCUGUAACAAAGCUGAUGCUAAUUUUGGUUGUGGAAGUGACUUUGAACAAAAUUCCACUACAGCUGUGGGUAACAGGCCGAUGAACAUGCAUCGAGCUGUAUUGUGCAAUUUGUCUUACACUUUAUUUUUAGUAGUGAAAUAGUUUUCCCAAGUGUGUUCAGUUCAAAAUUUUAUAGCUGUAGUAGUGUCAAGGGCAUUUGAAACUUGCAUGAACUUAGAACAUGUCUAAGAUUUGUUCAUCUGCUUAAUAUGGCCGUGGGACCAAUGCGGGAAUGCAUUGGUUUGUAUUCAGCUGUUCAUCUCUGCUAAGCACAUUUUCUACAUGUAUACAUAUACUGUACACUGUCUGAGUUAUGUUUGAAGAUUUUCUGGCAAACGUUAUCAUGUAUUUAGCUUUUGGUUUUAUUUUAGCGUGUAUUCAAAAUCAGAAAGGCAUAACAUUUUCAAUAAUACACAUCUCAUUUAAACAUUUUUUUCCACUAAUGUAAAUAGCCGUUGAAAAGGGGUCAUUGUCUGAUCUGUGUACGUGUAAAUGAUUGACUGUACAUCUGCUAAAGUUAUAAAUUCUAUUUUUGAGCAAAGUUUUGUCUUUGAUUAAAGAUUUUGUUAACAAUUAAGUGUAAAUUCUGUGAGGGUGCAUUACUUAGGCAGCAUUCUCAUAUAGCAGACUUUACCUUGGCUUUUUUUGUGGUAGAAUCCAUUAACUUUUAAUUUGUACUGUACUAAAAUUUUCAAUCUGCUUUUAAUUUAACAAGUGUUUUGAAAUAAAUUCCAAAAGGGUUGACUGAUUGUA